AUGUCCACUCAUACCGCGACCAGCACCACCACCUUGACCAGCACCAGUACUGUGUCUAGCACCAGCACCAUUACCUUGACCAGCACCACUACCUUGACCGCGACCAGCACGUUGACCAGCACUACUACUGUGUCUACUGGCACCGCUACCAGCACUACAUUGUCCAGCACCACAAGCACAGCGACCACUGCCACCAUGACCAGCACCACGACCCUAAUCACUGUCACAAUGACCACCACCACAGACACCACUAUCACCACCACCACCCCUCUCGGCGCAACUACCACCAUCACCGUCACGACACAGACAAGCACCACUACGCAAUUAUUUUCUGUUGAUGGCACUAUGUGGUUCGAAAGCACGGGCUCUGCAGAGCAGGUGGAAAGAGCGUCGGUGACUGCACUUGCUGCCUCUUCGGACGUGCCCGAAAGUACUGUGACCUGUGUUGCCUCGGUUUUCACGCCCAACUCGCGACGGCUCAUGUCGGACCGGGAGCUCACCAGCUCAGUCACGUAUUGGCAGGUCGAUUGGACGACAAUUGUAAGGGAAUAUGCCGCCAUCUCGGCAUACAACCUAGGGACAGAGCUGCAUACGCAUGUAAACGCGACUACAGGAGAGAACUUGGAGGUAAUUGAGGAGUUUUAUAGCCUCAUGCUGGCUGCCAUGUCAUCAGAGGGCCUGACACUCGUGUCAAAUUCCAGUGUCCUCGUACACGCAGAGCCCAGGAUACUGCUAAUCACCAACACCCAGACGACAUCAACCACAGCAACGACAUCAGCAACGACAUCAACAGUGGCACAACUCAUUGCCGACAUGGAGAACACGGCGAGCAUCGACUUUUUGAUCAUUGGCAUUAUAGCUGGUGCGGUCGUUGUUCUGUGUUGUUGCGUUCAAGCCGUAUGGUACUUAAGGAGCCGCCAGUACCGGAAGUCCGAAGAGGACUUGGAGGCUGUGCCCCGAAGUGAUCUCGAGCACGGGACGCCUGAGGACAUUUUAUGGGUUGCGCCGGGAGCGCCCCCAAGGCGCAACCCUUUGCCGAGCGGCGGCCCCACGCCGGCGCGCAGCUUGUCACGUGGUGGAUCGACCGGAGUAUCGCCUAGGGCGCCGGGAGCGUCCCCAAGGCACAACCCUUUGCCGAGCGGCGGCCCCACGCCGGCGGUGGAUCGACCGGAGUAUCGCCUAGGUCGAGCGGGAUCGGAUCAUCGCCUAGGUCAAGCGGGAAUCGCAGUCCGGCGGCUGCCUCACGCAGUCGUUCGGCUGUCUCACGCUCCUCCUCUCAGGCCUCAAGGGUAG